UAGGAGAAUUUCAUCACUAAAUUAUCAUUUUUUAUUUCAUUAGUCUUGACCUUCAAUAAGAAAAUAUAUAUUUCUCCCAACAUCAUCACUUGUAUCAAAAUGAAGGUAUUUUUUCUUUUAGUUUGUGUGCUUGUUGCCUGCACUGGUGAAUUAGAUAAGGAGUUUUUGAUUCAGUUUUUGCAAAAAAUUAGAAAAGUUAGUGAAGAAUGCGUUGCUGAAACUCAAGCUACUAAAGAUGAUAUUAAAACACUGUUAGAUCAUAAAAUACCAGAUUCACAUGAAGGGAAAUGCAUGAUUUUUUGUUUUCACAAACAUUUUCACAUUCAAAAUGAUGACGGAUCUUUGAAUAAAGUGGAUGCUAUUUCUUCAUUAGAACCCAUUAAGCAACACAGUCAGGAUAUUUAUGACAAAGUUGUUAAAAUAUUUAAUACUUGUUUUGAUACAGCUGAAAAUAAUAAUGAUUCUUGCAUUUAUGCUUCAAAUUUAGCUGAAUGUGCCAUCCGUGAAAGCAAAUCGAUGGGUUUAGACGACUUGAUGGUGAUCGAAUAAGAAGUAAUACCGUUUUGUUAGAAAUACUUAUCUUAUAAUUAAAUAAUCAACUAUCAAACUUGUUUACAUGCUCCACCUCUCUUAUAAAUCCAGUCGAAUUAAAAAUACUGUCAUAAUACAUAGGAGCAGCGGACAAUGAUGAUACAUA